AUGCAACACCCGCACGAGUAUGAAAAACACACUCAGAUGUGCAACACAGACAUGCAACAACCGCACGAGUAUGAAAAACACACUCAGACAUGCAACACAGACAUGCAACAACCGCACGAGUAUGAAAAACACACUCAGACAUGCAACACCCGCACGAGUAUGAAAACACACUCAGACAUGCAACAACCGCACGAGUAUGAAAACACACUCAGACAUGCAACACAGACAUGCAACACCCGCACGAGUAUGAAAACACACUCAGACAUGCAACAACCGCACGAGUAUGAAAACACACUCAGACAUGCAACACCCGCACGAUGCCAAUACUGCUCGUACGUGACGGGUCGGAGGUACGACCUGAACCGGCACAUGCGCACGCACACCGGGGAGAAGCCUUGGUCGUGCCCUUACUGCAAUCACCAGUUCGCCCUCAAACACAACCUCAAGAGUCACCUCAGGACACAUAAGAGAAAUUACCAGCAGCUCCUGUGA